AUGUCAGAUGAAGUAUUGGCACUAGAGGCGAUAUAUCCUGAACUUGUCAAGAGACAUGUGGAAGACGGUAGCGUUUUAUGGUUAACUGUUCCCGAGAGAGAACAUGUAUCUGUACAAGUCUCUGUAAGUAGUGAGUAUCCUUCGUUAGCUGCACCCUCUUUAGUAGAUGUGAAAGGUGCUGAUAACGAUUGUAGGAAGCAGUUAGAAUCACUUUUGCAUAGAUGCUGGGAGGAUGCAGGUGGUGAAGUCUGUCUGUAUGAAUUCAUGGCAGAAUCAACUAGUGUAGUACCGGAAAAAGAGGAAGAUGAUAAUGAUGUAAGGGAGGAAGUGUCGGUCCCACUUGUGAACCCAUUUGAAGGUUGGAAGAUUUCCGAACCCGUUUAUGAUAGAGGCUCUACAUUUGUUGGAUAUGCCACCAGUACGGAGAUUGAAGAAGAGGCAUUAGAAAGACUAGAUAGGCUGAAAUGUGAUUCUAAAAUCCGUCGUGGGCAGCAUGUAAUGUGUGCGUGGAGGAUGAAAAGACAGUUAAACGGCAGAGAGAUUGUGUUCCAGGACUGCGACGAUGACGGUGAAACUGCUAGUGGGGGUAGAAUGUUAAAUUUAUUGGUCGCAAUGGGAGUUUGGAAUGUGAUGGUGGUUGUAGUUAGAUGGUUUAACGGAACACAUAUUGGCCCUGAUAGAUUUCGUCACAUUAAUUCUGUCGCUAGAGAAGCUGUUUUACAGCUGUGA